AAAAGAGACUAAAAAAUAGUAGCCAGACAAAAAUCUUUCUGGUUUGGCCAUUACCCACAAACCUCAGGUUUUUACUGUUUAACAAGUUGCGUUCCUUUUUUGUCACCUUUAUUUCUUUCCGGUUGCUCCUCUAGUACAGGCCACUCUGGGUAUUUGCCAAUUCGAUUUCCUUAGCUGCUUCCUUUUCUGGCUUGUAGCAUUCUCUUCAUGAUUAAAUAUCUCGUGGGUUUUUUGCCUAUUCGGGUUGUCUUGUCGUUGCUUCCAAAGUCCAGAUUUUUGUAGUUCUUCCUCCUCGUUACCUAGAAACUAGAAACCCUUUCAUCUGGGUGGAGUCUAUUUGGUAAAAAGAAAUGGUGAGAGGAAAGACUCAAAUGAGGCGCAUAGAGAACGCUACAAGCAGGCAAGUCACCUUCUCUAAGCGGAGAAAUGGACUGCUGAAGAAGGCUUUUGAACUAUCAGUUCUUUGUGAUGCUGAGGUCGCCGUUAUCGUCUUCUCUCCUAGAGGGAAGCUCUAUGAAUUUGGAAGCUCAAGCGUGCAGGAGACAAUUGAACGUUAUCAGAGGCAUGUGAAAGAAAGCAACACAAACAAGCAGACAAGCGAACAGAACAUGGAGCAACUGAAGGGCGAAGCAGCUAGCAUGAUUAAGAAGAUAGAGAUUCUUGAAGUUUCAAAACGAAAGCUACUGGGAGAAUGUUUGGGAUCGUGCACUAUUGAAGAACUGCAACAAAUCGAACAACAGUUAGAGAGGAGUGUAAGCACCAUCCGAGCUAGAAAGAAUCAGGUUUUCAGAGAACAGAUUGAGCAACUAAAACAAAAGGAGAAGCAACUGACAGCUGAAAAUGCAAGGCUGUCUAACAAGUCUGGCGUCCAGCCAUGGCGAGUACUCUCAAGGGAACAGAGAGAGAAUUUACCCUGUGAAGAACAGAGAGAGAGCAGUUCAAUUUCGGAUGUGGAGACCGAAUUGUUCAUUGGACUACCAGAAACAAGAACAAGGCGCCUCCCUCUAAGAAACUAGUGGUGAACGCCAUCUCUUAUUGUGAGACCAACCUUCUCAUAUUCAUAAAUAUUCUUAGACUUUAACUGUAUUGCAUUUGCGCAAGCAACAACCACGGCAAUAUUAUUAUUCUAAGAGCAAUUUAUAAGCUGUCUGUUAAAAAAGCUACCAGCCUACCAUGAAGGAGAUUAACUAAAAUUGUAAACUGAUAUAUAUAUUUAUUGCAUAUCAUUAGACUUUCUCUUUGCA